UGUGGGCGAUCCGUAGCUUAGUGACAACACGGCAGUAGCACUUUGGUCUGGGCUGCUAGCUUCGCUGAUAAGUAGCACUGGAGCGUGUAGACGCAAAUUGUCAAGCUGUGUAACACAGUUUACGCUUUGAAACUUGAACCUCUGUAGUUGAAGAUGAGGCUGAAGGAAAUUCAGAGGACUGCCCACCAGGCAUGGAGUCCUGCCGGACACCAUCCGAUCUACCUGGCCUUAGGAACAUCAGCACAACAGCUCGAUGCUUCUUUCAACACCACAGCUGCCAUAGAGAUAUUUGAGAUGGAUUUUGCCGACCCCUCUCUGGAGAUGCAGCUCAAGGGUUCAUUAUCCACAACAAACAGGUUGCACAGCAUUGUAUGGGUAAAUUUUGGGACGGCGGAAGAUGGAACUGGAGGGAGACUCGUUGGGGGAAGCGAAAAUGGCACAUUGACUGUAUAUAACCCAGAGGCUAUCAUAAGUUCUGGAGCAGAGGCUGUUGUUGGGCAGUGUGACAAACACACAGGACCAGUCCGUGCACUUGAUUUCAACCCGUUCCAGAGUAAUCUUCUUGCCUCUGGAGCCAAUGACUCUGAGAUCUACAUCUGGGAUCUAAAUAACUUCAGCAGCCCAAUGACUCCAGGAGCAAAAUCACAGCCCGUUGAAGACAUCAGUGUAGUGUCGUGGAACAGGCAGGUUCAGCACAUCCUGGCAUCUGCUAACCCCAGUGGGAAAGCGGUUGUGUGGGACUUGAGGAAGAAUGAGCCCAUCAUAAAGAUCAGUGAUCACAGCAACAGGAUGCACUGUUCGGGAAUGCUGUGGCACCCUGACGUGGCCACCCAGCUGGUGUUGGCCUCAGAAGAUGACCGACAGCCAGUCAUCCAGAUGUGGGACCUUCGCUUUGCUACGUCACCCCUUAAAGUGCUGGAAAAUCAUAAACGAGGAAUUCUGUCCAUUUCGUGGAGCCAAUCCGAUUCGGAGCUCCUUCUGAGUAGCGCUAAAGACAACAGGAUCCUCUGCUGGAAUCCAAACACUGGAGAGGUAAUUUACGAGCUUCCAACUACAAACCAGUGGUGCUUUGAUGUCCAGUGGUGCCCCAGGAAUCCAGCCCUUCUUUCAGCAGCGUCGUUUGAUGGGAGAAUCACAGUUUACUCUGUGAUGGGAGGGAGCUUGAAGGCUCAGCAGCAAAGCACAGCUGACAUGAUAUCCUCUUCAUUUGAUACAAUGGAUCCCUUUGGUACGGGACAAGUGCUGCCUCCUCUACAAGUUCCUCAGCCCAGUGUGCAGGAAACCAUCGUUCCUCCUCUGAAGAAGCCACCUAAAUGGGUGCGCAGGCCAGUGGGAGCUUCCUUUGGGGUAAGU